AUGAAGCUUUCCAAUCCGGGAACCGUUCCCGUCUACACAAUCUCUGGGGCGUCCACAGCUCGCCCCCUUCCAGACUGGCUUGCCCGGCGCAGAAAGCGAAGUUUGAAGGGUGAUGCCGAGUACCAGAACCGUGUCGAGCUCCUGCAGGAUUUCGAGUUCGAGGAGGCAAGCAACUGUAUCCGGGUCAGCGAGGAUGGCGAUUGGAUCAUGAGCACUGGCACAUACAAGCCUCAAAUCCACGUUCACAACCUACCUCAGCUGUCGCUGUCCUUCGCCCGCCACACCAACUCUCUCAACCACUCUUUCGUCCUCCUCUCAUCCGACUACUCGAAAUCUCUUCACCUUCAGACCGAUCGCCGUCUCGAGUUUCAUACCCCUAUGGGCUGUCACACUGAAGUCCGUCUUCCUAGAUAUGGUCGCGAUCUUGUCUACGAUAGGCAAUCGACUGAAGCUCUUGUUCCGGCCGUUGGUCUGGAUGCCGAUGGCAAGGGCGAAGUUUUUCGAAUGAACCUGGAACUGGGACGUUUCAUGAAAUCAUACCAAAUUGAGGUUGGUGGCGAUGAUGAGAUGACGGGUGGUGGCUUGCAGGGAGGUAUUGGUGUUGGCAGUGUCAACACUGCAGCAAUCGCAGAAAAUACCCACAGCCUGAUGGCCUUUGGAACCUCAAUAGGAACUGUCGAGUUCUGGGAUCCGCGGUCUAAGUCCAGAGUUGCUCUACUCGGAGGCCAUGAAGGCGAGGUCACCGCACUCGACUUUAGCCCUUCAGGCCUAUCCAUCAUCACUGGCUCGUCCAGUGGCAUGAUGCAAAUUUUCGACCUACGACGGCCAGUACCCCUUAUGAAGAAGGAUCAAGGAUAUGGCUUCCCUGUUCAAAAACUCAUUCAUAUGACUACCGCUUCGCAAGAAAAGAAGAUUCUUUCUGCCGAUAAGCGUAUCAUCAAGGUCUGGGAUGAGACGACGGGAGACCCCUGGACAUCCGUGGAGCCUCUUGUGGACAUCAAUGAUGUCGCCUGGUGUAAGGACACCGGUAUGCUUCUUACUGCCAACGAAGGCAAACAACAGCAUGCAUUCUUCGUUCCUCAGCUUGGCCCUGCCCCUAAAUGGUGCUCUUUCUUGGACAACAUGGUCGAGGAGAUGGCAGAAGAGGUGCACACGGAAACAUACGACAACUACAAGUUCUUGACGCUGCCCGAGCUCAAGCAGCUAAGCUUGUCUCAUCUUAUUGGAAAGACCAACUUGCUCCGGCCAUACAUGCAUGGAUACUUUGUGGCAUCUAAGCUGUACGAGCAAGCUAGGUUGAUCGCCAACCCCUACGUCUGGGAAGAGGAGAGGACAAAGCGUAUCAAGGAGAAGGUCGAAAAGGAACGUGCCAGCAGAAUCAGGGGCACCAAGAAGGUCAAGGUCAACCAGAGACUGGUGGACAAGCUUCUCAAGAAGCAGGAGAACAGAGAAGAAGUCGACACCAAGGCUGGCAUUCUUGGCGAUUCCCGAUUCAGCAAGCUGUUCGAGGAUGAAGCCUUUGCCAUUGAUGAGACUAGCGGAGAAUUCCGAGCUCUCAACCCCAGCACCUUGGUGGAUCAGCCAGUCGAUCCCAAGGCUCCGACUCGGUAUCAGGGCAAGGACUCUGAUGAGGAGUCUAGUGAUGACGAUAUGGGAGAGGAUGAAAUCAGGGCACCAAAGAAGUCAAAGGACGAUGUGGUAAUGCGGGUGUCGUCUACCAGCAACCAGGGCAGAACAGUCAGGGACACUGCACUUGGCUCGAGACAGCAGAAGUCGGGUCGGAUCAACAAGGCUCGAGGAGAGGUGGUCGGCGAGCGGCAAGUGUCAUUUGUUCCCGAGUCAAAGAAGAAACAGAGGCAGCGAGAGGAGGAGGAGGCCGCACCCCCACCCAGGGAGAAGCGAUCUGGUGCUCGACGAAGCGCCAGUUCCAACACGUUCAGACGGAUGUAA